AUGUCUUUUGAAAACGAUGAUUCUCCAUAUUGUCUUGAUUUUACAAGGCUUAUCGGUCGUGCCAACAAAUGUCUCGAAAAAAAUUCGCAAACGAUUCCUGAUUUGAUUUAUUUGAAAUCAAGAGUGAAAGACCGGAUCGCUUUGGCUUUUGACGCCGAAAAGAUCGGUCUCACCUUCGAGAAAUGCCGGAAAGAGAUGGAAACGAUUGCAGCCGGUUUACUUGCCAUCGGUUUGCGGCCGGGCGAUCGGGUCAUGAUCGCCGGAUCGAAUUAUUCACAGGCCCUCCUCUGUGCCCUCGGUGCCUCUCGUGCUGGUCUUAUCUUCACUCUCGCAAAUCCAGGUUUCCCGAACGCUGAGAUUUUUGCUCGAAUCCUAAAUAAGGGAGAGUUUAAAGCAAUCGUCUGUUUCCCGGUGCUGAAGAUCAAAGAGUAUUUGUACAACCUCCUCCUCGAGCUCCAUCCCGAGAUCAAAAUCUCCGAACGUGGCGCGAUCAAAAGCGACCUUUUGCCUACUCUGACACAUGUCAUUCUGGCUGAAGAGGACUAUGCACAUGCUGGCUGUUUCACCCUCUCCGAUGUCUAUCUCAAAGCGACACCCGACCAAAUCCAGCGAUUACCAUCACCGAACUCGUUUGACGAGAACAAAAUCGCUUGCUUGCAGUAUACGCAGGGUGGAUCGGGUGAGCCAAAAUUGGUCGCUCUCACUCAUCACCAGAUCUUGAAUGGUGCUCGAGCGGCCGUUCAUGCAUUCAAAGUGAAACGAGACCACAUUCUCUCCUGCGCUCUGCCGAUUUUCCGGAUUCCAAUCUUUUCCCUCUGUGUGUUGGCUCCAUUUCUGACUGAGUGUCGAACAGUGUUCCCGGAACCCUCGCCGUUACCUCGAAAUCUCUUCCAGUCGAUUCAAAAAUAUCAAUGCUCAACUUUAAUCACAAACGGAGCCGCUUUGAGGCUAUUGCUGAAAGUGGCUAGCGCAAGCAAGACGAAAUUGGCAUCGAUUCAACGAUUGAUGUUGAUUGGGGAGAGGGUGCCCGCCGAGCUCCUCUUCACCAUCAAGAAGCAAUGCGUGAAUGCGCAGAUCAUUGCGGUUGGUUUCCUUCUCACCGAAGUGGCCACAAUUCCGAUUAUGGCUGAUGAGCAGUGCGAUUUUCGGAAAAACGUCGGGAAAGUGAUUGCCGGUUAUGAGAUCGAACUCGAACCAAUCACCGAUUCGUCUCUAUUCGCUUCGGGAUUAGGCGAGCUGAAAAUUCGACCGUUUCAAGACAGCAAAUUCCUUGGCUACUCACCGAAAUUCGAUGCUGAAGCAGAAUGGAUUUAUACAGGUGACAUUUGUCGACGCGAUUUCCAGCAGAACAUUGAACUCGUCGCACACAAAGAGGAUCUCAUUUACGAUAGGAAUGGUCGUCUUGUGCAUUAUUGGGAAACAGAGAAGAAUCUCAUCCGACACGAGUUGAUCAAAGGCUGUCAGUUAAUCUCAACAGCUGUCGGCGAACCCAUUGUAGCAAUUUGCGUCUGCAAAAACCCUCAAUCACAUGUACACUUUGUGAGGAGUGAACUGCUGAAGAUUUGCCAUAAUGCAAAGGUUUGCGUUCCCGAUUUGUGGGCAUUCGUCGAUGAUUAUCCGAGGGUUAAUUGCCGAAUUCAAAAGUGGAAACUCCGAGAGAUGAUUCAAAAAGGAGAGAUCCCAAUUUUC